AUGGUGGAGAAAGGGGACCGUCCUGACCUGAAUCUAGACCGUCCAAGCGAGCAAGGCUUCAUAACGUUUUUCAAAGGGCUACCAGAGAAACCCGAGACUACCAUUCGGUUAUUUGAGCGAAAUGACUAUUACAGUGUCCAUGGCGAUGAUGCAAUCUUUGUUGCUCAAACCGUAUACAAGACAUCAACAGUCAUUAAAUACCUUGGAGGAGAAGGACCCAAAGCCCUUCCCAGUUGCACAUUAUCCAAACUGAAUACCAAUGCGCUUCUCCGUGACUUGCUAUUGGUGAAUUUGUAUCGCGUGGAAAUUUGGUCUAUGGAAGGACGGCAGUGGCGGAUUUCCAAGCGAGCAUCUCCGGGGAAUUUGGUGGAUGUCGAGGAUAUGUUGUUCACGAAUAAUGAAGUUGCGUCUUCACCUGUUGUCCUUGCCUUGCGAGUCGGGACAAAGAACGACCAAAAGUUGGUGGGUGUGGCAUAUACGGAUGCCACCACAAUGCGAGUUAUCGGUGUGUCCGAGUUUGUAGAUAAUGACACGUUUUCCAAUGUUGAGUCACUGCUUAUCCAACUCAGCGUAAAGGAAUGCGUGAUCGCCGAAGAUACACAAAGCUAUGAGCUUAAGAAGAUUGAAGCCAUCCUUGAUCGAUGCGGUAUUGUUGUUACCCCCAGGAAGAAAGGUGACUUUCAGUGCAAGGAUAUUGAGCAAGAUCUUAAUAGACUACUCGAUGAUGAUGUCUCCCCAUCUGCUUUACCCGAAUUCGAACUUAAACUGGCGAUGGGUUGUGUGGCUUGCUUGAUCAAGUACCUUGCACUCCUAACCGAUGAGUCCAAUUUUCAUCAAUAUACCCUACAACAUUACGAUUUCUCGCAGUACAUGCGCCUAGACGCCGCCGCUGUCCGUGCUUUAAACCUCAUGCCUGGACCUCAGGAUGGAUCAAAUAAAAGCAUGAGCUUAUAUGGACUGCUGAAUAAAUGUAAAACGGCGCAGGGAUCAAGGCUCAUGGCUCAGUGGUUGAAACAGCCUUUGAUGAGCUUACCUGAAAUUCAGAUGAGGCACGAUAUUGUUGAGGCUUUGGUGAAUGAUACAGAAUUGAGGCAAGGGCUCCAGGAAGAGCAUCUGAGAAAUUUCCCGGAUCUCCAUCGUCUUGCGAAGCGGUUUCAACGGGGAAAUGCUCAUCUCCAAGACGUUGUGCGCGUAUACCAAGUCGUUAUUCGCCUUCCAACAUUGAAAGGAGCGCUAGAAGCUUAUGGUGAUCAACAUGCACCCCUACUGAAAGAAACAUACGUCGAGAAGCUGGAUGAAUACAUGGAGCAUCUAUCCAAAUUGCAAGAGCUGGUGGAAACCACGAUUGAUCUGGAAGCGGUUGAAAAUCAUGAUUUCCGGAUAAAGGCAGAUUAUGAUCAGGAGCUGCAAGAUAUGCGGGACAAGAUGGUCGAGAUAUUUGAGCAGUUAGAGCCUGAAGCUAUACGGGUUGCGGAUGAGUUGGGAUUGGAGUUUGAAAAAAAGUUGAAGUUUGAAAAAAAUUCACAAUAUGGUUAUAUCAUGCGGCUGACGCGCAAGGAUGCCUCCGUACUUCGUGGUCAGCGGGAAUACAUUGAACUUGCAACGCGAAAGGAUGGGGUGUAUUUUACCACCUCAACGUUGAGAAGGUUGAGCAACGAUUACUCUGAUUUGUCGGCACAAUAUGAAAAAGUUCAGUCGAAUUUGGUGAAGGAUGUUAUAGAAAUCACUGCAUCAUACUUUCCGGUACUGGAGCUGUUGAAUCAGUUGAUUGCCCAUUUGGAUGUUCUUGUUAGCUUUGCGCACGCAUCCAUUCAUGCACCUACGCCGUACGUGCGUCCAAAGCUGACAAACCGAGGUAAGAAAAGGGACAACUUUUUGGCGCGCAAUGAGUCGCUAUUGAGUAUUUUGACUGCAGGGGAAAGGCGAUGUCGUGAUUCGAGUUCGUUCCAGAUCAUCACUGGGCCGAACAUGGGUGGAAAAAGUACUUACAUCCGGCAGAUCGGGAUGGUUGCGCUGAUGGCACAAAUUGGAUGCUUUGUACCAUGCCGAGAAGCCCGGUUGUGUGUUUUUGAUUCCAUUUUGGCAAGAGUGGGAGCUGGCGAUAGUACCUUGAAAGGCGUGUCGACGUUUAUGGCCGAGAUGCUGGAGACGGCAGCCAUUUUACGGUCUGCAACCAAAAAUUCUCUGAUUAUCAUUGAUGAACUGGGGCGCGGAACAAGUACAUAUGACGGAUUCGGGCUCGCCUGGGCUAUAUCAGAAUACAUAACGACCAAGAUUGGCUGUUUCACGCUCUUUGCAACCCACUUUCACGAACUUACAGUUUUGGCGGACCGUGUCCCAACUGUUCGAAACUUGCAUGUGGCUGCGUUACGUGAGGAGAGAGGAAUUACAUUGCUGUAUAAAGUCAGACCAGGUGCUUGUGAUCAAAGUUUUGGAAUUCAUGUCGCAGAGCUUGCAAAUUUCCCUGAGAAGGUGGUUAAGAUGGCCAAGCGGAAGGCAGCUGAAUUGGAAGACUUUUCCGGAGAACAUGAGCGACCAUGGAAAUGUUCUAAACAAGAAAUUGAAAUGGGGAACGCCUUGAUCGAACGAUUUCUCAAUGAAAUAGCGGCGUGCCCUGAACAAGAUCUGAUGGAUUCUGAGCGGGCUGCUAAAACGGUUAAGGUUAUUAAGGAUAAGUAUACAGCAGAAUUUGAUAAGAGCCCAUUUGUGAGAGAGAUUUUGGCAGAUUUGUGA